UGGCUAGUUAACUAUGCACAUUGUAUCUCUACAAUUUUAGUUUGUCACUAUCACGCUGCAUGACCUGUGGAUUUGCACUUGCCAAGGUCUGGAAUUUUCAGACGCGCCUGCUAAGACCUUGCAAGGCUGGUGGUGAGGGGAGACACACCCUAUCAAGUCCUUCUUGCAGAGCCAGUAUCAGCACCGUGAAUGCAGGCUUCGAGAUGCUGUAUGAUUUGUUACGUAUUUUCAACACUGUCUGUUUUCAUCUCACCCCCUUCAUCCACUGGUCUCUGGCAAGGAUGGAUGUGGUGGGGAAAGCUCUGGAAGAAGUUUUGUUCUCCGCGUUAGCGCAAGGCUGCAUCACAGUCGGAGUGUUUGAGGCAGCAAAACUCCUAAACGCGGAUUCAGACAACGUUGUUUUAUGUUUGCUUACCACGGAUGAGGGGGGUGACGUGGACGUGGCACUGCAAAUCCAUUUUACUCUGAUACAAGCUUUUUGCUGCGAAAAUGACAUUAACAUCAUGAGGGUGAACAACAUGCACCGUUUGGCCGAGAUCCUAGGCGGGGUGGAUGGGGAGGACGAACCUAAAGAUCUGCAUUGCAUAUUGGUUACAAGUCAAGCAGCACCAUGGAAAGACGGAGCACUGAACAAAGUGACUUGCUUUUGUAAAGAAAGCCGAUUCCUGGACCAGUGGGUCCCGAUUAUUAAUUUACCCGAACGUUGAAGAUCUUCUGAUGGAUUAAUCACAAAAUUGGAUUUAAGAAUUCCAUUCACUUCCAGCGGAGAUCUCCGGAGAUUAUUCGAAUAGCCGCCCGAAAUCUUGGCGCUGGGAAAUUAAGGUUGACAUUUGUUGCAGAGGGCGGGCGAGUCGACACGACUGGAGUUUCGGCUCUGUGAAAUACUUUUCUCUGACGGCUGGACUAUGACUCAGCUUCAGUUUGUGCCUGGAACAGUGGCAAUGAGUAAGCAGACGGGAACUGAAGCAAAGCGUGAGUUGGUUUCAGAGCAGAGAGCAUCACAGUUUCCGGAAGAAUUACAACUUUCCAUUUCGGGAAAGAAAAUAAAAAAAGGAUGCUGCGCAGAUGGUGAAUCGACAUGUUUGGUUUCAUUUAGUUAUGAAAAUACCUUAUUGGUCAGCGAUAACAAGAUGUUCAGAAUCUGAAGGGAAGGUUUUUAAAAACGCAGACCUUUUAAUAUGUUUGGAAUUUUGUUUUAUAUCAACUGCAAGCAUGAAUUUCUUGCUGUUAUUUAAUUUCAUCCUCUUAACUUAUUUCGUGAUUUAUAUCUGGACUUUAUAUUAUGUUGAAGUGAAUAGCUAUGGUUUAAAAAGUUAAUAAAAUAUUUCACUUUUACUGACCAUCUACUUAUUUUGCACUAACUGGAUUUUAGUUUAUUUAUCAGUGAAUUGUUUUAAUUUGAUACUUAUCACACAGUGUAACAUGACUAAUUGUUCAUGUUUCAAGUACACCCCAUUUUCACUAGACCAUAUUUUAAAUUAUUUUUGAACUACACCAUUCCUCUAUAUCAAAGGAAUGUGCACUGAGGAAGUGGUUGAGUUCUCUGGCUGCCUAUUGCCAAGUUAAAAUGAUGUAGAGUAUGUAGGUUUACACUUGGCAGUGACAAUUUUCUCUUGGAAGAUAGAAUUCUUAAGCAUGUGCACUAUUUCUUCCCCAUUAC